AUUCGAAGUUAAGCAUACUUCACGAAACUAUCCCCAAUAUUGCAACGCAGUUAGGUUUUGAAAUUAACGUGAUCUGACGUCCAUCUGUAAUUUCAUGUCGAAUGAAGGUUCAUGUAUGCCCCGUGCGUGACGCACGUCCAGUGUAAACGAACACUGGCAACUAGCUGGCUAGAGCUCGCGUCGUGAACAACAAACAAGGCAGGCGGAGACUGGCGCCAUGAGCCUGGACGACGACGCCCACUGGCUGGAGUGGGUCACCAAGCAGUUCGAGAGCAUCGCCGGGGAGGACAAAGAGAUCGAUCUGGAUGAGUUCAAAACGGCCCUCAAGGUCAAGGAGUCCUUUUUCGCAGAGCGCUUCUUUGCGCUGUUCGACUCGGACGGCAGCGGCACCAUCAGCCUGGACGAGCUGCUGAAGGCGCUAGACCUGCUCAUACACGGCAGCGAGACCGACAAGCUCCACUUCCUCUUCCAGGUGUACGACGUCGACGGCAGUGGCUCCAUUGACCCGGAUGAGUUACGCACGGUGCUGAAGUCCUGCCUGCGGGAGAGCGCCAUCUCCCUGCCCGAGGAGAAGCUGGACGACCUGACCCUGGCCCUGUUUGAGUCCGCCGACAAGGACAACAGCGGCUCCAUCACCUUCGAGGAGCUGAAGGCCGAGCUAGAGAGCUUCCCCGAAGUGAUGGAGAACCUCACUAUCAGUGCUGCCAACUGGCUGAAGCCGCCGGCCCUGGAGCAGGAGAAGAGCCGCACGCCUCGGUACCUGACCCCCGCGUACUGGCACAACAACAGCCGCAAGCUGUUCUUCCUGUGCGCCUACGCCUGCCUGAACAUGCUGCUCUUCACCAUGGCUGCGCUCCACCACGCCCGCGGGGGGCCCUGGUUCAUCGUGGCCAAGGGCUGCGGACAGUGCCUCAACUUCAACUGCACCUUCGUCGUGGUGCUGAUGCUGAGGCAUUGUCUCACUUGGCUCAGGGCCACCUGGAUAGUGCGGGUCCUGCCCCUGGACCAGAACAUCCUGCUGCAUCAGAUGGUGGGCUACGUCAUCUUCGUCUUCACCCUGGGGCACACAGCUGCUCACGUCAUGAACUUCGUAACGCUGUCCCAGGGCGAGGACGCCCACCGGCUGUGGGAGUACCUGCUGACCACGCGGCCCGGGAUCGGCUGGGUGGGAGGGCUGGCAUCCAUCACGGGCGUGGUCCUGCAGCUCAUCAUCAGCCUCAUGGUGGUGUGCUCCAGCACCUUCGUCCGCCGGAGCGGCCAUUUUGAGGUGUUCUACUGGUCUCACCUGUUGUACAUCUGGACGUGGGUCCUGCUGGUGCUCCACUGUGCCAAUUUCUGGAAGUGGUUUGUGGCUCCGGGGCUGAUCUUCCUGCUGGAGAAGCUGGUGGGCAUCGCCGUGUCUCACAUGGGCGGCCUCUACAUCGUGGAGGUCAACCUGUUGCCAUCGAAGGUGACCCACCUGGUGAUAAAACGACCACAGUUUUUCCACUUCAAGCCGGGAGACUACGUGUAUGUAAACAUCCCGGUGAUCGCCAAGUACGAGUGGCACCCGUUCACCAUCAGCAGUGCGCCAGAGCAGCAAGACACGAUGUGGCUUCAUAUACGCUCAAUGGGCCAGUGGACCAACCGCCUCUACGAGUACUUCAGACAGUCAGAGACCCAGGGGGUCAGCCCCAAGAGUCUGAGCGCUAGUCUGCGGGACCGCUGGCACCAGAAGAACACGCAGGAGGUCCUGUUUAACUCCCUGAGCUGCAACGGGACGGUGGCCUCCAACAAAGACGACGCCGUCGAGCUGACCUCCUAUCGACCCAGUGGGCCCCUGCCUGGGCCCCAGGGGGCCCCGGGAGAUCAGCUGGCCCUGGCCGAGCGUGGAGACGCUCCCCAGCUGAGAGAGAUCUCUGCAAAACUAAGCGACAAUCAUAGAUUUUGUAACAUAAAGUGUUAUGUGGACGGGCCUUACGGCACCCCUACGAGGCAGAUCUUUGCUUCUGAGCAUGCAGUCCUGAUUGGAGCAGGGAUUGGGAUCACACCCUUUGCCUCUAUCCUGCAGAGCAUCAUGUACCGCUACCGCAUGAGGAAGCAGAACUGCCCGAACUGCAGCUACUCCUGGUGUGAGACCAUCAAAGACAGCGAGAUGAAGUUACGGAAGGUGGACUUCAUCUGGAUCAACCGUGACCAGAAGUCCUUUGAAUGGUUUGUGAGUCUGCUGACAAAAUUGGAGAUGGAUCAGGCAGAUUCUGAACCAGAGGGCCGAUUCUUGGAGAUGCACAUGUACAUGACCUCGGCUCUGAGUAAAAACGACAUGAAGGCAAUUGGCCUGCAGAUGGCGCUGGACCUACUGGCCAAGAAGGAGAAGGUGGACUCCAUUACCGGGCUGCGUACCCGCACCCAGCCGGGGAGGCCUGAGUGGGGCAAGGUGUUCCAGAAGAUAGCGGAGGAGAAGAAGGGCAAGUGUCACGUGUUCUACUGCGGCUCCCCGGCCCUCGCCAAGGUCAUCAAAGCCCACUGCGAGAAAUUCGCCUUCAAGUUCUACAAAGAGAACUUCUGAGAGUGUCCAGGCCCCCGAACCUGCCCUGAGCUGCCCUGAGCUGCCCUGUCCUGCCCUGAGCUGCCCUGUCCUGCCCUGAGCUGCCCUGAGCUGCCCUGUCCUGCCCUGAGCUGCCCUGUCUUGCCCUGAGCUGCCCUGUCCUGCCCUGAGCUGCCCUGUCCUGCCCUGAGCUGCUCUGUCCUGCCCUGUCCUGCCCUAAGCUGCCCUGUCCUACCCUGAGCUGCCCUGUCCUGCUCUGUCCUGCCCUGAGCUGCCCUAUCCUGUCCUGUCCUGGGUGUAUCUUCAGCUGUGUGCUGUGGGUCAUCCAUACCUGUGACUUUGCCAAACCCCAAUGGACUACUGACAAAUUACCAUUGCAAUCGGCUGUAAAUAAUAAGCUUUGAGGCUUAGCCAAGUAGUUUAAAUUGAAUAAAUUGAUAAGGUUGCUAAUUAUGUUACAAACAUCGUGUUACCUUGACAUGAUGUAAAUGACGCUCAGAUUCUAGAAUUGAGGAAUAAUGUCCAUUAUGUGGUGCACAAGCACUUUGAGUAUGUGGUUGAGAUAAUGAGAGAAAAUGCAUUGCAAUUCAGUCAUGCUGAAAAGACACAUUUUUUAAAAAAUGUAUCCCUCCAAAUGAUGAAAACGUUAUUUAUUUAUUUUAGUACCCUGUGCAAUUAAUUUAACAUUGUGUAUAUGUUCAAAUAUACAGUAUUAGGAGUAUUCUGUCUUGUAAUUGUAAAUAACAUUUAGAGGACUCUUUGUGAAUCUUGAUCUGUGUAACCAUAGGCUUUUGUAACUGUAUUUGUUUUUAAGCUACAGGCUAUUUGUGAUGACAGUAGUCCCGUGUAGUAACAUGUGUUCGUCACAAGAGGGCGUCUCCUAAUAAGAAAGAAAACAAAAUGUCCCAUUAGCUAUUGAUAGAUUCUGUCCACUUCAGCGUGACUGUGAAUCUUCUGGAAUAUUCCCCCCUGUUAUUAGGUGCUUGCAAGCACUGAAUAUCUCACGUAG